AUGCACUCCACAUUCUCCGUUCCAGUCCAUCACCUUCAUACUUCCAGCAGCACCUCCACAGACAAAGACAAGAACAAGGAUGAUAAAUUCGAGGAAGUCCUCAAUCAGCUAUGGUUCAAGCACAAAAAACCUGAAUGGCUUCCAAAUAACUUUUAUCCACGAGCAGAUUUACUUCAACAACGCGAUCAGCUGAUUCAACAAGCAGAGCACCUCUUUUUCCAUUACGAUACAAAUCGAACCUUUGCAAUUUCCAAACAGGAAUUCAAAAUGGCGUUCCAACAAUUCGGAUUGGAACCAACCAAAGCCAAGCAAUUAAGCCGAAUUGUUCACGCAAGUGAGAAUGGUUUAAUUUCAUUGGAAGAAUUUGUGAAUGCUUUCAUUUAUGUGAAUGGAGGAGGUGAGAUUUGGGAAGUCAAAGAACCGUCAUCACAAGAAGCAACCAACAUAGGACGUGUGACUGCAAGUAACAUUUCUGAUAUUACCCAUGAGAAGGACUUGCAUCAUCACGAAGAUAAGGGAGGGCCUUCAUCUCACAUUGGAUCAAACCUGCCCCUUCCUAAGAGCGAUAAUCCAUUCAGUCAUCACCAUCAACAACCCCAAAAACAAUUUGAGGUGCAUAAGGAGCACUUCAUUCCAAAAGAUACUAAAUAUAACAUGGAACAGCAGUAUCCGUAUCCACAGAGCUCGUUUGUUGCUGAUCAGCAGGAUCAACAGCAACCUUCACGAAUGUUCAGCAGUGGUCAUCCUCAAUUGAAUCCUCAACUCUCAGAGAAGGAUCCAAAUGCAAAGUAA